UUUUGUGUUUCAGCCCCCAAAUCUGUGACGGCGAGCACGCUAAGACAACUCCUGAAGAAUGGCAACCCUCAACAGCACUCACUGGAACGAGACUACGUCCAUUUCCCAGUAUCUGGGCUUCCAGGUGCAAAAAAUUUACCCUUUCCAUGACAACUGGAACACUGCCUGCUUUGUUAUCCUGAUCAUAUUCAUCUUCACUGUGGUUUCUCUGGUGGUGCUGGCUUUCCUCUAUGAACUGCUGGACUGUUGCUGCUGUGUGAAAAACAAGACUGUGAAAGACUUGGAGAACGAACCCAAUCCUGUCAGAGCCAUGCUGAACAGCUUCAGGAAGCGUGAAACAGAGGUGGUGUAGGAGGGACUGAGCACCAGCACUUGGAGAACGUUUGACACCGUGAAUGAAGCCUCUUGUACCUUACAAAUGAGCAAGUCACGUGCUUUUUUGAUUUGGUCUUAAAUAUAACAGGUUGUAAUU